AUGAAGGUUGUGGACAUGGGAUGUGACCCUUCCGAGAUCUACCGGCCAGACAUCGAUUCGCAGAACGGGAAGCCGAAGGAAGACUUCCGCAAUUUCAAGGAAGGGCCGCUGAUGGAUCGGGUGUUCAUCACCUAUCUCCUCAUGCACACCAACCAGACUGUCGAAUUUGUCAAGAAGAAGAAUGAGGAGUACGGGGGUUGUCGCCUCCGUCAGAUGACCAUCAUGGAGACCCUAGACCUGCUGGAUGCCGUGGUGGACGAAUCAGACCCAGAUGUUGACUUCCCCAACUCCUACCACGCCUACCAGACGGCCGAGGGCAUUCGGAAAGCCCACCCUGACAAAGACUGGUUCCACUUGGUCGGACUGCUUCAUGACAUGGGGAAGAUCUUGGCGCUGCUUGGCGAGCCGCAGUGGGCUGUGGUGGGAGAUACGUUCCCGGUGGGUUGCAAAGUGCAGGACUCUGUGGUUUUACGGGAGUCCACCUUCCACGACAACCCUGAUAUGAAGAACCCGAUAUACACCUCCAAGUAUGGAAUUUACCAGCCUAACUGUGGCUUGGAGAAUGUCCUCAUGUCCUGGGGUCAUGACGAAUAUAUGUACAAGGUGAUGAUGCGGAAUAACUUUGCCCUGCCCCAGGAGGCUUUCUACAUGAUCCGCUUCCACUCCUUCUACCCCUGGCACACGGGAGGGGACUACAUGUACCUCUGCAAUGAAGAAGACCUGCGGAUGCUGCCCUGGGUGAAAGAGUUCAACAAGUUUGACCUCUACACCAAGUCCGAAGACCUGCCUGACCCUCAGGAACUGAAGCCUUACUACCAAAGCCUCAUAGACAAGUACUGCCCCGGAAAGCUACGCUGGUGAUAUUGAGGACUUCAAACUCCUCCUUGGUCCUCUCUGCUGUGGCUGGAAGUUCUACCAAAGGAGGUGGGGACGAUGCGGCCUCUGCUCUCUUCUUGCUCGUGCGAAAGACUCGUGUGCCAAACCAGUCCCUGGGAAACUCAUCCCGUGCCCUGGGCCCUGAAGACAAAAAUUAAAUAAAGUCCCAAUGCCCCAA